UUAAACUCAGCCCAAAGCCUAUAGUAUACGCAACCUCCGGCGGCCCAGUUAGAAACAGAACAAUAGGAGGAGAUUCAUCAAAGCGCAGCCCUCGCCGUCGACGGUCACUCUCCCAUUCUCAGUUCAGAAUGCAGAGAUCGUUUAGUUUAGCCAGUCAGCUCGCUAAGAGGCGAGGUUUUUCGACGAAUUCCGAGAAAAUUGUGGCGUCUGUACUGUUCGAGAGGCUGCCUGUCGUGAUUCCGAAGAUUGACCCCGUGGUGUAUGCAUUUCAGGAGUUCAAGUUUAGGUGGCAACAACAAUAUCGGCGCCGAUAUCCUGAUGAACUUUUAGAUAAAGCUAAUGCCAGGGGAAAAGGUGACUACCAAAUUGAUUAUGUUCCAGCUCCACGGAUUACUGAAGCUGACAAAACAAAUGAUAGGAAGUCACUGCAGAGAGCACUUGACAGAAGACUCUAUCUUCUCCUCUAUGGUGCCUCUAUUGGGGCACCUGAUAAGAAGCCUGUCUGGCACUUUCCAGAAAAAGCUUACGAGACCGAGGAGACAUUACGUAAAUGUGCAGAGUCUGCCUUAGAGUCCGUUCUUGGAGGUCUUUCUCAUACAUAUUUUGUCGGCAAUGCUCCAAUGGCUCAUAUGGUUGUACCACCUACAGAAACUGCUCAAGUUCCAUCUUUGAAGCGAUUCUUUUUCAAGUCUCAAGUGAUCGCAACCAAUAAAUUCAACAUUGGGAAAUGUGAAGAUUUUGUAUGGGUUACAAAGGAUGAAUUGAUGGAGUAUUUUCCUGAUCAAGCUGAAUUUUUCAAGAAGAUGAUCAUCAGUUGAUGCUAGUAGACUGACCACAUAAGCCUCACAUAGACCGUUUUCAAUCAACAAAUUGAUGGUCAGUGUGUAAGUGACUUAGAGGAUUGAGUUAUAAAAUGUUAAAUUAAUGGUAAGGCCGGAGGCUUUGUUUGUUGCUCUGAUGUAAAAUGGCCGAUGAGGAUACCAAUUUAGGAUCCGCACUUUGGCAAUUUCCUCUCAGCUGUUUCUUUGAUUACUAGAUAGUGUGGAUUAAUGGUUCAGACCCCUUAUUUUGAUUUCUCGAACCAACUAGAGUCAUCUUUCAUAU